AUAAAAAUAAAUAAAUAAAUAAAUAAAUAAUCUCUGUCAUCGCAUCUGUUCUCAAUAAAUGUCACAGAUCCGCUCCUCUUCAACCUUCUUUACUCUUGUCAAAAACUGACCCUUUUUUCUCUCUUCCCUGUCUGCAAUUCUGUCCCUUCAUGUUUUGAAUUGAAUUUCUCCUUCCCCUUCUAGCUUUACCAUACAGUUUUGUACAGCUCGCUCAGGUUUUUGUUUCGUUGUUCGUAUACAUCUUGUAAUUAUCUCAAAGGAAUAAAGGAAAACAAAAGCAAUUUUUAAAAAAAUGAAUCACUUUCCGGUUCAACAAAGCGCUUUCGUUGCCUGUGAGGAGAAGAGGAGCUCGAUUUCCGAUAAGAGGAACGCCGUGGUCUGCCCUAAGCCCCGCCGUCUCGGCCUCAACGCCGUCGUCAACGACCCUAUCAGAUCUCUCCGGUGGCAUAUUAGCCAUCAGCAGGAUGUUUGUGAUUCCAGAUCUGGAUCUGAUCUACUGAACAUCAUCCUCACAAAGGGUGGGUAUGGUGCAGAGCAAGCAUCGGCAGCGCAGGCAGCCUCGUCGCCCCCAUUUUUUUGCGGGUCUCCGCCGAGCAGAGUUUCUAACCCAUUAGUUCAAGACACACGGUUCGGGGACGAGAAAGUCGCCCCGGUGUCGCCGCGGGCAAUCCCGAUUCCCUCCGGCGUCGUUGCAUCAUCUCCGUCGUCCACCCGGAAGAGCGAGGGGUGCGCAAGAGUGAAUUUUGGCAACAAGCCGGCAGUGAGAAUCGAGGGUUUUGAUUGCCUGGACAGGGAUCGCAGGAACUGCAGCAUCCCCGCACUGGCCUGAAACCCUAAAAUCCCCAAUACAACAAACAAGAGAACAAGGCAGAUUAAGUAAAUAGAGAGAGUCCAUUAGCAGCAGCAAAAACAAGAAGAGGAAGAUGAAGAAUUUUUAGCAAUUUCCAGAGGAGAUGAUUGAGUGAAAAGCCAGCAUGAUAUAUGAUCCCUUUUGCACAGUGUAAAUAUGUUUAGAGGGCUGUGUUGUGCCUGUAAGUAUUUGAUUAUGAGAGGAGUUUAGGAUUUUAAUGAUAAUAUUUAGUUGAGAGGAAAAUCCCUCUUUGUGAUGUAAGUAUGAAUGAGGGAGGGAGGGUUUUUGAAGAUUUGUGUCCAUUUUGUAGAACUUGUGUUGCAGAGAUUCUGUGAAGAAUAUGUGUAGUUUGGUGUUCUUGAGUCCUCCACUGUACUCAUUUCCCUUUUUAAAUGGAAUAUAAUACAGAGUUUUAUUACAUGUA